AAAUGUUCUCUGGUAACCGUGACAACGAGAAUUUGGGCAGUUAGGAGAAAGUAAACGCUCACGGGCUCCAUCUGAACGCUUUGUAUUUCGGAAAACUUUCAUUUCGUGUUUUAAGGAUUUUGACAAAAUGUCCGGAUUCUUCCGGUUGAUGAUGAAGAGGAAGGAGGUGAUUCCUAUUGUGGGAAUAAUGGCUUAUUCUGCGAUAGGAUCAUCAUCAGUUGCCAUCUAUUUUCUGUUCCACAAGAAUGAUGUGAUUUUGAACAGGUCUUCAAAUCCAGAACCUUGGGAUCAAGUGGACCCUACAAAACCUCAAAAGUUUGUCACCAUCAAUCAGAAGUGGGAACCAGUGGAGACUCUGGAAUUGGUGAAGUCCAUGACCAAAUGAGAACGAGGAGAAAGCAUAAUUUCUGAAGUUGUUUUUUUGUUAUUUGGUCUCAAGCUGUUCAUGUUCAUGUUUUUUCUUUUGUACUUUAACAGUUUAAUUUUACUGUCGGAUGCCUGAGCUGUAUCAAAAUAUGUAUUGCUGUCUGAAUAUAAAAAGGCAUAACCCCGGACUAUUGCGCUCUAUAUUUUCAAUAAAGCCGAGCUUUUUUGUGGCUUAGAGGAGCGGAUGGUUUCUGUCUUGAUAUAAUGCUCUCCUGACUAAAGCUAAAGUUACCACUCUGAUCAGAAGUUUUUAUAUACAUUAGUCAUCAUAAUCCAGAGUAUGAUUUGUUCUUUGUUGUUUCAGUUUAAACACAAAACCUGGGGGGAAAUUGCAUUGUGUUUUUGUUUUGUUUUUCCAUUUUUGUAUUGGUAUGUCAUCUGGUUUUGGUGACUACAGGAGUCUCUUAGGCUACCGUUGUUGAUGACCUUGUGAAAGACGCACUGAGGAGUGUUUGUAUCCAUGAGGAGUUUGCAAUAAACCUGAAGGAUUUUAA